GAAUGUUCCCUCACACAUAGGCACAACCAGAAAGAAAAGAACGAGAGAAACAGGAGAAAAACGUCCUCGAAAGCAGGAGAAAAUCACCUAAAACCUCACCACGGAAAGUCUCUAGAAUUCACGCUUUGAAAUAGACCUUGGUCACGAGUCAUAAGUCCUAAUUUGGAAGGAAUUGAGUUGUUUGAUUGGAUUCAUCAAAUAGGUACUACAAAGGUUUUUCACAGAAGUUUGUGGCUUUGCUCUGUGAUCAGCUCCAGACAGAAGACUCUUAAUGCUGAUACCCAUAAGUCCCCUUCAUCAUCAUGAGCUGCCACACUUGCAACCCUGUGAGGGAGAGAAGGAGCAUACGACAACCUUGAUUACGAAGCUCAGAGAUUAACCCUUAACCCUGCGCCUGAGACAGAGACAGACUUACGCAAUCAGCGAGUUUCCUGUCUCAUAAUUAUUGGUGCUUGAUUGGUCUGUCAGAGACCAGAUACCCUGCAGCCCACCUCCACCGUUCCACUCCACAUUAAUGACCCAUGACAUAUGAGAACCAUGUUUACAUGCAGAACUCCAUACCGCCACAUCUAGGGGAUCACCGUUGGGAUUUUCUCAGGGUCUUAAACAAGAGGAGGCUGUAAAGAGGCCUUGAAGUUGUCUUCACGCUCACAUACUCUUCCUCGGUCUACUCACCUACACAGCUUAUUGGCCACUUUGUUUGUCUCAAAAGAGUACGGCACAACCAAGACAGCUAUAUAGUUUCGGAUCGCAGCUAACAUGAUUAAAAGCGCUUCCUUGGUCAUCGUCAUUGGCGUUUUGGGAGCUGCCUUCCUUCUCUCGUCGUCGGCUGAAGGUGGGCAGAACCCAGACUACAUGCUUCACGGCACUGGGGUCAAGUCCGGAUCAGAUCCAAAGAGACCCCAGUCAGGGGAUGGGUCCACCGUGGCCCCAGAGGAUGCUGCCCGCUUCCUUAGCUGCUACUGUUCAGGCCACUGCCCCGAAGAUGCCACAAACAACACCUGCGACACGAACGGACAGUGUUUUGCAAUCAUAGAGGAGGAUGAGCACGGCGAGGCUAUCCUCACCUCCGGCUGCAUGAAGUAUGAGGGCUCCCACUUCCAGUGCAAGGACUCUCCUAAUGCUCAGACCAGACGGACCAUUGAGUGCUGUUCCACUGAUUUCUGUAAUAGAGACCUUCAGCCCACACUUCCACCUCCUAUUCCAGGAAAGCCUCCGUUAUGGAACACCCACUUGCUGGCCUUUCUGAUCUCUGUGACGGUGUGUUGCUUCACUUUGGUGGCCAUAACUGUGGUGUGUUACUACAGGUAUAAGCUGCAGACAGGACGGAGACGGUACCAGAGAGAUCUGGAACAUCACGAGGCCUUCAUCCCUGCAGGAGAGUCUCUCAAAGAUCUCAUUAGUCAGUCCAGCACUGGCUCCGGUUCAGGGCUCCCCCUGCUGGUCCAGCGCACCAUUGCCAAACAAAUUCAGAUGGUACGUCAAAUCGGGAAGGGGCGGUAUGGAGAAGUGUGGCUUGGUCGCUGGAGAGGAGAAAAGGUUGCGGUGAAAGUGUUCUUUACCCGUGAAGAGGCUAGUUGGUUCAGAGAGACCGAGAUUUACCAAACGGUGCUCAUGAGGCACGAAAAUAUACUUGGCUUUAUAGCUGCAGAUAUUAAGGGCACGGGAGCGUUCACUCAGCUUUUCCUCAUCACAGACUACCAUGAGAAUGGUUCUCUCUAUGACUAUCUGAAAUACACCACCCUGGACACACAGGCUCUGUUGAGGCUGGCCUAUUCCGCAGCCUGCGGCCUGUGCCACCUCCACACAGAGAUCUAUGGUACGCAGGGCAAACCUGCCAUCGCUCACAGAGACCUGAAGAGCAAAAACAUCCUCAUAAAGAAGAAUGGUACCUGUUGCAUUGCUGAUCUGGGCCUGGCUGUGAAAUACAACAGUGAUACCAAUGAGGUGGACGUCCCUCUGAGCACAAGGAUGGGUACACGGCGGUACAUGGCACCAGAGGUCCUGGAUGAGACCCUAAAUAAGAACCAAUUCCAAGCGUACAUAAUGGCUGAUAUUUACAGCUAUGGGCUCAUUGUUUGGGAGAUGGCCCGCCGAUGCGUGACAGGAGGUAUUGUUGAGGAGUAUCAGCUGCCAUACUGGGACAUGGUACCUUCAGAACCGUCUUACGAGGACAUGAGGGAAGUGGUGUGUGUUAAAGGCAUGCGACCAGUGGUGUCUAAUCGCUGGAACAGUGACGAGUGCUUACGGGCCAUGCUAAAGCUCAUGUCUGAGUGCUGGGCACACAACCCAGCCUCUCGUCUCACAGCUCUUCGAGUCAAAAAAACACUUGCCAAAAUGGUUGAAUCACAGGAUAUCAAAAUAUGAUCAGUUUUCCCUCCAAUGCCAGUCUGAGAGAAAUCAUGGAGAUAUUUAUGCUCACUUUUAUGAAUUAUUGCCUCAGUUCCUAAACAGACCUGUGGGAGUGCUGAUGAGCAGAACCUUA